GGAGACACUGCAGGCCCUGCCUUCGCCCGCCCCGACCUCCGGGGCUGACGCACAGGCCACAGCCUCCGCCGCGGGUCGCGUGGGCUCCUGCCCAGGUGUGGUGGCUGCGGGGAGUCGCUGCGGGGAACCAGCGUCCUCCGGCCCGGGAUCCGUGUCUCGCAGCCGCUCGCCUGGGCGGGUGACAGCGGAGUGCGGGACAGGAAGGGCAGGACACGCUGUCCCCCGCUCCACGGCUGCCGGGCUGGCGGUGAAAGCCGAGCGUGGCUGCGGGCGCCGCCCGGGAGCUAGUGAGGGGCGAGCGCGGCGCCCACGCGCGGCGGGGUGGGCUCUGAGCUCCCAGGGACCGGGCGGGGCGGGGCUCAUCCUGCAAAGUUGACCCAGGGCAGGCUACCGCCAGCGCCCUGCUGCCCCAGAUUCGCCCGGUUCUUACCGCGGAGCCAGGGGUGGACGUCGCCGCCCCGCUGACACCCGAGGGACCAGGAGAAGCUAGCGGGCGUCGGCGGGAGCCCGCACCCAGAGAUGGAGGCUGCAAGAGGGGACGUGCGGGCCGGCUCCGAGUAGCCCGCGGGCUCCGGGGCUGGACCUUGCCCGGACGCUGUUGAGGGUGCGUGAGCAGGGCUGCCAUGGAGGUGCCCAAUGUCAAGGAUUUUCAGUGGAAGCGCCUUGCUCCACUGCCUAGCCGCCGGGUCUACUGCUCACUGCUGGAGACCGGAGGGCAGGUUUAUGCCAUCGGGGGAUGUGAUGACAAUGGCGUUCCCAUGGACUGCUUCGAGGUCUACUCCCCUGAGGCCGACCAAUGGACCUCCCUGCCCUCCCUGCCCACAGCCAGGGCCGGGGUAGCUGUUACUGCCCUUGGAAAGCGGAUUAUGGUCAUCGGGGGUGUGGGCACCAAUCAACUGCCUCUGAAGGUCGUGGAAAUGUACAAUAUCGAUGAGGGCAAGUGGAAGAAGAGAAGCGUGCUGCGUGAGGCUGCCAUGGGCAUUUCUGUUACAGCCAAAGAUUAUCGAGUGUAUGCUGCAGGCGGGAUGGGUCUGGACCUUCGUCCACACAACUACUUGCAACACUAUGACAUGCUAAAGGACAUGUGGGUGUCACUGGCACCCAUGCCCACUCCGAGAUAUGCGGCCACCUCCUUCCUCCGGGGCUCCAAGAUCUACGUGCUAGGAGGACGACAGUCUAAGUAUGCAGUCAAUGCCUUCGAGGUCUUUGACAUAGAGUCUCGGUCCUGGACCAAAUUCCCCAACAUUCCCUGUAAGCGGGCGUUCUCCAGCUUUGUGACCCUGGACAACCACCUGUACAGCCUGGGAGGCCUGCGACAAGGUCGUCUCUAUCGGCAGCCCAAGUUCCUCCGGACGAUGGAUGUGUUCGACAUGGAACAGGGGGGAUGGCUGAAGAUGGAACGCUCGUUCUUCCUCAAGAAGCGCCGGGCGGACUUCGUGGCCGGUGGUCUGAGUGGACGAGUCAUAGUGGCUGGGGGACUUGGAAACCAGCCCACUGUCCUGGAAACAGCAGAAGCAUUCCACCCAGAGAAGAACAAGUGGGAGACCCUCCCUGCCAUGCCCACACCCCGCUGUGCCUGCUCCAGCAUCGUCUUCAAGAACUGCCUCCUGGCUGUGGGGGGCGUCAGCCAGGGUCUGAGCGAUGCGGUAGAGGCGCUGUACGUCUCUGACUCCUAGCUGGCCCCAGCGGUGCCCUUGCCUGGACAGCAUCGCUCUACUCUUGACAUGAGGAAUAGUCUCAUCAAAGCAGUUCGGACUACAUCCUCCGGUCUCCAAGCCCUAGGGCUCUCAGUGACCUCCCUCUGCCCCCUAACCUACCAGUCUCAGAAAGCUGAAGAAAGCACAGCUGACUGCACCUAUAAGAGAGAGCUUGGCUGUGGCCUGGGGAGAACCCUCACUCAGUGCUCAGAUACAGAAAGACACAGGAAUGUUCCCUCCUCUCACCUACCAAUGGGGGUGGGGGGCAGUUGCCACUCCAAAGGGGAGCCACUGUGGUCCUUCCCCAUCUCUGAGCUAGUUUGAGUGUCAGGUAAACUGAUGAAGAAAUGGGGCAUCCGAAGCCCCUUCAUUUUCUUUGGUUGAUAUCCAUCCCCCAUAUAGAAGUCAGCUGUGGUCCCGCCCCAGCUCUCACCUACUUAACAGGAACUGGACUUGAAGCCAAGGCAGAUGUGUGGGAAGGUAGUCCGGAGCUCCCACAUCGGGCCAGGCAAAAAGGACCCUUCCUCUCAGGUCCUUACUGGGCAUGUGGUGAUGGAGCAUCACCAUCUCCCGUAUUCUGCGGUCUGCCACCCUCUCCCCACCCGAGGCCUGACCGUUCUGGGCUCAGCAGCUCUCAGAGUGUCUCUGGGUGAAACCUUCUCAUCUACACUGUGGCUUCCAAAUCCACAAAGGUGGAUUAAUUGCACUCUGGUUAAUAAC